CAACUUUUUGUACGAACAGGCGCAAUUCUCCCUGAACUCUCGAUAUUCGUGGCAGCAUAUUAUAUGGCAGCAUGUCGGUGGUGCUGAUUGCCCUGUCUUUCGACCCUGCAAUUUAGGCAGUAACACCGAUGGAGUACGGAUAGUCUAGAUCUGUGCUCGCCCGCAGGUGACGGGAGGUUGAUGGUAGGUUCUGACGCAGCAUGGAUUUCAAUUGGCCGGCAGAGAAAGGGUUGCUGAAGGAUUACAUUGAAUCUCGCCGAAAGAAGCCGAAACUGGGCCAGUCGAAUCUCUUCGGGUGCUUUGGAUAUAGUUCCGUCAACAAAGUCAAACCACCGGAGCGGGUGCCCGAGCCCAAAAUUGUGUCGAUGAUGUCGUAUGUAGAACAGGCAAAACAAUGGCAAGACUCGCUUCGGACAAACCCAGAUUGGAGAGAUCAGAUCGAGCCCGAACAGCGUAGACUUCGGGUUUCUAAAAUAUUUAGAAAGUGGAGAAAUGCAAAUGAGAAAACAGAACCCAAGAAGAAGAUAGAUUUAGAGGCAAUGAAGGAAGAAAUAUCUACACUCGAGGAAAACUUCUGGAAUGAGUCCAAGAGCGUGGAAGAGUACGACAAGAAGAUUCAGUGGGCGAAGGAUCCUAGCAGACAAUCCGUGAAGUUUCCAGGAAUGACGCCAGAGAUGGAACAUGCAAAGCGAAAAUAUCUGGCGUUGCAAAAACUCGAGGAGGAUGCAAGUUUUUUGCCCGAUGAUGAUGUUGUCCAUGAUGAUGAUGACCCUUUCUAGACAGAAAUCUUGCCCACUCCACACCGAUUAUGUCGAUAGAGGUUUGAUGGAGCUGGCCAGAAAGCUCAAUCGAGUGAGCGAGAACAAAAGAUGAAUCUCUCCGGCUGACUUCUCACGCUGCUACGGAAACCGUUGCAAUCUUGUGUCAAGACAUGCUGAGCUUGCUGAAGCAAAUCAUGGUCUUGCCAGCGACUAUUUCCCAGGCUGGAGGAACAAACACGAGCAACUGGUACAAAGUAGACGACUCGACGUGAAAAGCCGCCAAAGUGCCGGGAUCUGGAGAUAGAGACCGGGGAAGAAUGCUUCUUGGUUGGUGAGGAAUUAGAAGGCAGUCAGUGAGUCAGUCAUUCACGAUCGUUGCGCACGACUGACUGACUGUCGAGAGAUUAUGAAGAGGAACCCCUUCCUCUUCAUUAUCCAGAGCAGUUACGUUUUCGACGGUGUUUGGAUCGUCAUGAGCCGAGUAAUAUACGAGGAAAAUACUAUCAUGUCCUUCAGGGAUCAGGCAAGGCCCCUACAGGAGCUAUGUCCUAGUUGCAUGACGCUAGUUUCUCGCGUCAUGAAGUUUUAGCUCUUGAACUGUGUCUUAAGACGCUUGUGAGUGCCUUCUCGAAUGCAGCCUAGAUAUACAAUUGUAGAGAUUUUGACACAAAGUUAGAGUUGAGCUUGUGAAGAUGCUUGUUCAACUUGUAAUUGCUCAAUGCAGUUUCGCACCAUUUUUCCAAUUUAUAGAUUGUGCUGACAUAACGCUGAAUACAAUGCGACAUUGUCUUGUGUGAAGAGAAUAUAAGAUACUG